ACUCUCCCAAAGUCCAUUUCCCUAGGGAGGGGACCCAGAGGAAAGGUUUCUAAACCAUGCUUCCAGUCUGAGGUUUAUUUUUUUUCAGAAUCAACAUCUCUCAUUGGCUUUUUCUUUCCCAUGAUUUAAAAGAGAGAGAAAGAGAAACAAAUCAUGGAGAAGGAGACAGUACACAGACGGCACAGGCUCAUCACAGGGGUUCCACCCACUGUCAUGGCCCCUGGGCUUCACAAAGGGGUCACUGAAGCAUCUGAACUUCAGAGGAGCAAGAGUGUUGGGGGAUUUUCCCCCAAGGGAGAAGCUGUGGCUCCCAUUGAGAAGCUGCUGCAGGAGUUUGAAGGUGAAGAUUUGGACAAAGAGUCAAAAGGUGAAGCUGAGGAUAUUAGCUGCCAGAUAAUUCUAGAGGAUGACAAGGAUGGUCAGGAACAGGGUGACCUAAAAAGAGUGGAUCAAGACAAGGACAAAGAUAAAGACAAAGAAAAGGUGGAAAAAGAGGUUGACAAGAAGGAAGAAGAGGAGCAAAUUAAGACAGACCAAGAGGAAGAUAAGAGAGGCAAAGAGAAAGAAAACUCUGUUCUUGCACUAAAUUCAACACAGACCCUGGAAAAGGAAUUACAAGCAUUAAAGUUGGAUGACCUUCUUCUGGAUACUGAAACAAAUCUUGCUAAACCACCUGUUGCCUUUGUAGAGAUUGAUUUGGAAGAACGAACUGAGGAGAAAAUUGAAAAUACUUUGACAGAAGAGAAAUCAUCCAAGGCUGAAGCAGGAGAUAUGUCUGAAGAUGAAUCAAAGACCAUGUGGAUAUGCUGUUUUCCAAUCUCAACCAAGAAGAAGUCAAAAGAAAAAGCAUAGUAACCUCAUUAGAAGGAAAAGAAGAGAAAAUGAGUUCAACUUUAGUUUCCCUUCCUGCUCAUCUCCAGUGAUUACAGGAAUCCCUCAUUUUAUGUCAACUUGUUAUAUGGAAUUGUUACACAGAAUUUUGAAUUUAUAGAAAUGAUAAAGUAGGGAACUAAUUGAUUGUGUGUAAUUUGGAGUCAACUUGAGGUAUUUUCAAUCUAUCAUGUUAUGCAUUAUAUAAAAGAACAACAAAGUUUUGGAACCCAAUUAUAUUAGAU